ACGUGUCUGAGAAAGCAAGAAACUCGAUGCCCCGCCCGUUGCACACACUCUGCAGUUGGAAAAAAUCUCCUUUUUCUGCAGCUUUACGUAUCCCAGGCGAGGCCGAGGCUCAGCGCAGAACUACGGCUCCCAGCGCCCUUUGCGACACCGCUCUGCCCUGACGUCAUUGGGUUCCCCAAGUCUCUGGAUCAGCAACAAACAACAACAGCAUAAGCCCCAGCAAAGGGGGCGCCUCCUCGCUGAGGGCUGCUGGGACUUGUAGUCUGGGCUGAGCAAUGAUGGAGAGGACCUUGGCCACCGGCUUCUUGCUGGGCGAGAUUGGAGUUUGGGCAGACAGGACCCCAGUUCACGAAGCAGCCAGGAGCGGGGAGAUUCUGCAGCUGCAGGAGCUCAUAGAGAAUGGAGCCUGCGUCAACCUGGUCACCUACGACUCCAUCACGCCACUACACGAGGCCAGCCUGGGUGGCCAGACCCAGUGUGUGAAAAUCCUCCUUGCCGCAGGAGCCCAGGUGGAUGCCCGGAACAUCGAUGGUAGCACCCCUCUCUGCGAUGCCUGUGCCUCUGGUAGCAUAGACUGUGUGAAGGUUCUGCUGUCUCAUGGAGCCAAAGUCAACCCUCCGCUCUACACAGCGUCUCCCCUUCAUGAGGCCUGCAUGAAUGGCAGCGCUGAGUGUGUACGUCUCCUGGUCGACGUUGGUGCUAACCUGGAAGCCCACGAUUGCCACUUUGGGACCCCCUUGCAUGUGGCAUGUGCUAGAGAGCAUCUAGACUGCGUGAAGAUACUGCUCAACGCAGGGGCCAAUGUGAAUGCAGCCAAACUUCACGAGACUGCCCUCCAUCACGCUGCCAAGGUGAAAAACGCAGACCUGGUAGAGAUGCUGGUUGAAUUUGGGGGAAACAUUUAUGCCAGGGACAACCGGGGAAAGAAACCUUCCGACUACACCUGGAAGAGCAGCUCAGCAGCCAAAUGCUUUGAGUAUUACGAAAAUAUGCCGCUGAGCCUAUCCCAGCUCUGCCGACUCAAUCUGAGGCACUCCAUCGGCCGGCAAGCCCUGGUGAAGAUCCCCCAGCUCCACAUCCCUCCGAGAUUAAUCGAAUUCCUCUCCUACAAGUGAGCCGCUCAACAACAGCAUCAAGUAGAUCUCACACUAGGAAGCUUUGGUCACGUUAAUCUCAGGCAACUCUCCCAAAAAGAAAUGGCUGUGAUUUAAUGGUUGUAAAUACUCUUUAUGAGACUUCUGCAGUUUGAAGGUGGACACGUGGGGCGCCUCCAUUGACAGCCAGUUCCCAUAAUCAUAGUAUGUUUAGAGUUGCUUUUUUGAAGCACGCAAAAUGUUGCACGCCCAUCAGUCAUCCUUGCAACGACACUGUAUUAUCCAGCUGGGGGUUGGUGGAGGCAGAGAGAUCACACUGCUUGCAUCACAAGAUGGAUGUGAGCGUUGAAGCAGCGACUCAAUAGUUCUUCCCCUUAGGCCCGUGAUGGGGAACCUGUGGCCUUCCAGAUAUUGUUGAACUCCAGCUCCUAUCAUACCCCAGCCAGCAGAACCAAUGGUCAGGAUGGAUGAGAGAUGGAGUCGAGCAACAUCUGGAAGGCCACAGGUUCCCCAUCCUUGUCUUAGGCUGCAAACCUAAAUACACUUACUAGGGGUUAAGCUCUUACCAGUAUCCUGUCACGAGAAGCGCCACAGCUCAGUGGCAGAACACCUGUUUGCAUGCAUUAGUUUCCCAGGUUCAAGCCCUAACAUCUUCAGGUAGGGCUGGAAAGACUCCGGCCACAUUCACACUGUACAUUUAUUCCACUGUUAUUCCACUUUAAACAGUCAUGGUUUCCCCCAAAGAAUUCUGGGAAAUGUAGUUUGUGAAGGAUACUGAGAGUUGUUAGGGAAGUCAUAGUCCCCUUACAGACCUGCAGUUCCCAGACUUCUCUGGGGAAAAGGACUGACUAUUAAACCACUUGGGGAAUUGUAGCUGUGUGAGGAAAACAGGGGUCUCCUAGCAACUCUCAGCACCCUUCACAAACUACACUUCCCAGGAUUCUUUGGGGGAAACCAUGACUAAAGUAGAAUAAUAGUGGAAUAAAUGUACAGUGUGAAUGUGGCCUCCCUGUCUGAAACCCUGGAGACUGGCUCCCCGUCAGUGUAGAGCAUCCUUUGCCUAGUUGGUGCCACUGCAGAUGUUUUGGACAUACAACAGCCCCAUACUGGCUGGGGUGAUAGAGGUUGUAGUUCAAAAGUCCUAGAGGGUGACAGAUUGGCAAAGGCUGGUCUAGACAGUAUUGAGCUACAGGUGGACCAAUGGUCUGUCUAAUAUAAGGCGGCGGCUUCCUGUGUGCAACAUUCCACUGCAGCACUGGCAUUUGCACCUGUACAAACCCGAGCUGGUAUCCUGCAGUUCUUUGGCACUGUAGGUCUUGCUUCUUGGCAUCCACGGUGUUAUUUAUUUAUUUAUUAUUUGAUUUCCAUCCCGCCCUUCCUCCCAGCAGGAGCCCAGGGCGGUUUUGGGUGGGUGUAGCCAGUGGACAGUGGCGCAUGCUCUUUGCCGUGUGGAUACAUAGUCAUUUUAUUUUGCAACGAGAGCCCAGUCGUCAGAGACAAGCAGCGUAUCCUUUGGUGACUACCUCUUCAAUGGAUGGUGUGAAAUGUCCUCUGUCUUCAUGUACUGAGGCACGAAUAAAACUCAGUUUUUCUUGUA